AGUGAGGAGAAGCUAGCUUAUUGCAAGAGUAUUGGAGCCGAUGUUGGCAUCAAUUACAAAACAGAAGACUUUGUUGCAAGGGUGAAGGAAGAAACUGGUGGUCAAGGUGUUGACGUUAUACUUGAUUGUAUGGGAGCAUCCUACUUUCAAAAAAAUCUUGAUAGCUUAAAUUUUGAUGGAAGACUUUUUAUUAUCGGCUUUCAAGGGGGCGUGUCUACUGAGGUAGAUCUACGUGCUUUAUUUGGCAAGCGUCUCACUGUACAAGGGGCUGCUUUGCGUAUUCGAAGUCCUGAAAAUAAAACUGUGAUCAUUAGUGAAGUGAAGAAGAAUGUUUGGCCUGCAAUUGCAGAAGGAAAGGUUAAGCCUGUGAUCUACAAAACUUUCUCUCUUUUGGAAGCUGCGGAGGCUCACCGGCUUAUGGAAAGCAGUCAGCAUAUUGGAAAGAUAUUGCUCCUGCCAUGAAAUUGGCUUAUGGAAAGCAGUCAGCAUAUUGGAAAGAUAUUGCUCCUGCCAUGAAAUUUGUGGUAAACACUCGACAGAUGCACCCCAGUCCCACAACAUACUUGUGGAUCAUUUGAGUUUAGAUCUUUGUGUGUUCUGCUUCAGUGUUAAAUAUAGUUGUUGUUUAGAUUAUUAUUAUUAUAAUGAUGUCUGGAUUUGAGAUUAUAUGAAUGUACCAUUCAACCACAUAUGGACCCAAUGAAAAUUAUAGUACCUCUAAAAUAAACUUGAUAAACUUGAUACCUUUAUGAAUGAAUCCUUUCAAGAAG